GCGGGCUCGAUUGAAUAUACUUGAACAUGAACCUUACUAUAUCUUUCUCGGGAUCCGAACAAUAGUACUGCAUACCACUCACACCGCCGGAUUUCUGCUGAAGGUCCGAGUAUCGAACACAAAAGGAUACCCCAGAUUCGGCCCCACUCAUAUCGCAUCGGUCGACAGUCCCUUCGUCUCUUUCUAUCAAAAAUCCGACUCAACCUCUCAUAUCCCUCUACCUACCCUCGAGUUGCAGAUUUCUUUCUGGCCGAGUCAGGUAGAAGUAUUUACUCUGGCGUCGCAGAGAUUCGAGGCCGACCCUACAGACAACUAUAACUCUUUUGUUGCCAUAUCCGGAUAAAAGAGAGAUAUCAUUCCCUCCAACUUUCGUUCCCCCACCAUCGCCACACGUCACCACCCUUCCCAGCCCAGGCCAGAGUGUGUCGACAUCGCUGCCAGUGUCGCCUGUGAGAAGGGCAAUCCACCUCUCGUUCUACUAUUAAUCCUUCGUCGCUCGCCAUGUCCUCUCUAUCCAGUAUUCGAGGUGCUUCGCGCACUCUCCGUUCUUUGCCAAGAUUUCAGUCCAUCGCCAGAAGAGCUCAGUAUUCUACUGUCCUCGAUGGCCAGCAGCGAUUACUAUCCACCGAGCUCCAAAAGGCCGACCCCGCCGUCUUUGACAUAAUCGAAAAGGAGAAAAACAGGCAAAAGCAUUUCAUCAACCUCAUUCCUUCCGAAAACUUCACCUCCCAAGCCGUACUCGAUGCCUUGGGCAGUGUUAUGCAGAACAAAUACUCGGAAGGUUAUCCCGGCGCACGAUAUUACGGAGGAAACGAAUUCAUAGAUCAGGCCGAACGACUAUGUCAGCAGAGGGCGCUGGAAGCUUUCGGUUUGAAUGAAAAGGAAUGGGGUGUUAAUGUACAGCCUCUAUCCGGCUCUCCUGCCAAUCUAUACGUCUACUCCGCCCUCAUGAAUACUCACGAUCGUCUAAUGGGGCUUGAUCUCCCCCACGGUGGUCACCUUUCCCACGGCUAUCAGACUCCUACCAAAAAGAUAUCCUCCAUAUCCAAAUACUUCGAGACUGUACCCUACAGGUUAAACGAGGAGACCGGCCUCAUCGAUUAUGAAAAGCUUGACGAGUUAGCGCAAUUAUACCGACCCAAGAUCAUCAUUGCCGGUACCAGUGCUUAUAGCCGGUUUAUCGAUUACAAGCAGAUGAAGACCACUGCUGAAAAGGUCAAUGCUUAUUUAGUAGCUGACAUGGCUCAUAUCUCGGGUAUGGUUGCCGCCAAGGUUAUUCCCAGCCCCUUCAACUUUGCAGAUGUCGUAACCACGACCACACACAAGAGUUUGCGCGGUCCUCGUGGAGCCAUGAUUUUCUACAGGAAAGGUGUCCGCAAGGUCAACCCCAAAACCAAAGAAGAGAUUAUGUAUAACCUCGAAGGACCCAUCAACCAAUCAGUCUUCCCCGGUCACCAAGGUGGUCCCCAUAACCACACGAUAACCGCUCUGGCCGUCGCCCUCCAGCAAGCCCAGACCCCAGAGUUCCGCGCAUAUCAGGAACAGACCCUCCUUAACGCGAAAGCGUUAGCAGCCCGCCUCAGCGAGUCUAAGAACAACGGUGGCCUGGGUUUCAAGAUUGUCAGUGGUGGUACUGAUAACCACUUGGUGCUAGUAGAUCUGAAGCCACAGGGCGUUGAUGGUGCCCGUGUAGAGCGCGUUCUUGAACUCGUUGGUGUAGCCAGUAAUAAGAACACGGUCCCUGGUGACAAGUCAGCCAUGAUGCCUGGUGGACUACGGAUAGGCACACCAGCCAUGACGACACGGGGCUUCACUGAGAGUGACUUUACACGAGUCGCCGACAUUAUCGGUCGUGCCGUGACGAUCGCCGCACGCAUCGAUAAGUCAGCCCGCAAGGCAGCCGAGGACAAGGGUGAGAAGUACAGGCUCAAGUUCUUCUUCGACUAUCUAGGCAAUGGCGAGGAGGAUUCCGAGAUUGUCCAGUUGCGCGCUGAGGUGUCGGACUGGGUGGGCACGUAUCCAGUGCCUUGGACAGAGAAGAUAGAUGUAUGAUGAUGAUGUCUGUUGUAUCUCAUAUAGUCACGCAUAUCAAAGGGGUUGGUUUGGCGAAAGAGGUUGUUUUAACACGGCUAAUUGGGUAGACGAUAUCCGUCCGGGGGUAUUAAUAAGCUAAACUGAGCUAGAGAUGGAAAUAAGCAAUAAGCUCUGGCGUACGCACCUCAACGUAGCAUUGGCGUUUAUGGCUGGUAGGGGUUGUAUAUAUGAAUUCAAUGAUUUAUUGAUGUCUACUGCCUUUCCACGGCUUGCUGUGAUAGAUGGACUUUUUUAAUGGGUGAAUAAUAAGGCUUAAUUCUCUUUUUAUUUCAUUGCUGUGAUGGUUGGCUUCCUAUGCU